AUGACUGCCCCUGCCGAAAGAAGAGUUCGUGUCGCAGCGGUUCAGGCAGAGCCUGCCUGGAAUGAUCUGCAGGGUGGUGUCAACAAGGUAAUUUCUCUCCUGGGUGACGCUGGCAAGGAAGGCGCCAAUGUUGUUGGAUUCCCCGAGGUUUUUAUUCCCGGCUAUCCGUGGAGUAUCUUCACCGCAACUCCACUGGACAACGCCCCCUUUAUGGAGGAGUACUUCCAUAAUUCGUUGGCUGUCGACUCGGACGAGAUGCGCCGUAUCCAGGCUGCGGUCAAAGAAAAUGGGACAUUUUGUGUUCUUAGAUUCAGUGAACGUCACCAGGGCUCACUUUACAUUUCCCAGGUCUUCAUCAAUACUGAUGGCCAGAUUGUCCAUCACCGGCGUAAGACCAAGCCAACCCAUGUGGAGAGAGCGUACUGGGGUACCGGCGAGGGCGACUCGUUGAAAUGUGUCGAGCACACACAACCGCUCCUUAGAUACUAUAAGUAUCAGCAGGAUGUCGACAUUCAUGUUCCGUCGUGGCCAGUCCUCUCAGAUAGGCCGGAAUCUGUCGGCUCGCGGUGGCCCUAUUUUAUCACCGGUGAUAUGAGCUCCAGACUAUCUCAGGUCAUGGCAUUCGAAGGUGCAUGCUUUGUCCUUGUCUGCACCCAAGUACUGUCUGAGGAGAACUUCGACAAGAACAAGGUACGAGGUGUAGAACAUAUUCAGGGUACUGGCGGGGGUUUCUCGGCCAUCUUCGGCCCAGGAGGAGAGCCUAUUUCUACCAUGCCAUCCGAUAAAGAAGGAAUCCUGUACGCCAAUGUCGAUGUCAACGACAAACUUCGAGCUAAGCAAUGGCUUGAUGUUGUUGGACACUACUCCAGACCAGACAUGUUGAGCUUGCGUGUCAACACUCACCCCUCCAAGCCAGUGUUCUUCGCAGAGGAGCCAGAGAAAUAG